AUGGACGAAGCGAAGGAAAUGGCAAUCAUGCCCGAUAGCAACUGCAUCAACAUCGCCACCAUCUCCGCCGGUUUUGAAAAGGGGGAUUUCCUCGUCCGCGAGGAGCAAGGAAAUCGCGUGUACUUUGAUUUCUUCGAGGAGGCGUUUAACUACAUUUCCAACAAGGGAUACUCCCGCAUGGCACGAGAAGAUGAAAAGCACUGGGUUGACUUGAUGAAUGUGAUCCACGACAGCGUCAAGGGAGGCAUGAAAUACAACACUGGAACAUUGCUGAUGGUGCUUAGUCGGCCUGUGUCUUUGGAUAAGAUCCCACCUCCGGAAAAGGCGGAGAAGCCCGCUAGCAAGGCAAAGACCCCAUCGAAAGAAACCGCACCAAAGAACCUCAACCCCUAA